CAAAAGGAUGACACUUUCCUCUGUAACACAAUGAUAAAAUCUCAUAUGGGUGUUGGUCAAUUCGCCGAAUCAACACUUCUGUAUAGAGAUUUACUAAGAAAGACUAGUUUUGAACCCGAUAAUUACACGUUUUCGAGCCUUUCCAAGUGUUGUGGUGCAAGAUUAGUGUUGUGGGAAGGCUUGGAAAUCCAUAAUCAUGUGUUGAAAUGUGGGUUUGGUUCGAAUUUGUUUGUGGCGACUUCGUUGGUUGAUAUGUAUGGGAAGUUUGGUGAAAUGGCUUUUGCUAGGAAGUUGUUUGAUGAAAUGCCCCAGAGAAGUCCAGUCUCGUGGACAGCUUUAAUUGGGGGUUAUUUGAAGUGUGGAUCUACGGGUAUUGCUGAAGGACUUUUCAAUGCAAUGCCUGAGAAAGAUGUAGCUGCAUUUAAUGUGAUGAUUGAUGCUUACGUGAAGAAAGGAGAUAUGCUGUCAGCAAAUAGAUUGUUUGAGGCAAUGCCGGAGAGAAAUGUGAUUUCUUGGACUAGUAUGAUUGAUGGGUACUGCAGUAAUGGUAACGUAAGCGAAGCGAGGGUGUUAUUUGAUGCAAUGCCAGUAAGGAAUUUGUUCUCUUGGAACGCAAUGAUUGGUGGAUACUGUCAAAACAAACAGCCGCAAGAGGCUUUGAAGUUGUUUCAUGAGUUGCAGAUGGAGGCGACAUUGCAGCCAGAUGGUGUCACUGUUGUUAGCGUGCUUCCAGCUAUUGCUGAUUUGGGUGCUUUAGAUUUGGGUAACUGGGUGAACCAGUAUGUGAAGAGGAAGAAAUUAGAUAGAUCUUCAAAUGUUUGCACUGCUUUGGUUGAUAUGUAUGCCAAGUGUGGGGAAAUUGCAAAAGCCAGGGAAUUUUUUGAUGAGAUAAAAGUAAAAGAGUCAUCAAGUUGGAAUGCUUUAAUUAAUGGGUUGGCGGUCAAUGGAUCUGCUAAAGAAGCGUUGGAGGUGUUUGAGGAGAUGAAGAAUAAAGGAUAUGAGCCGAAUGAGAUUACUAUGCUUGGUGUUUUGUCAGCUUGCAACCAUGGUGGAUUGGUGGAAGAAGGCAAGAAAUGGUUUGUAGAGAUGGAGAACUAUGGGCUCACUCCGCAAAUUGAGCACUACGGCUGUCUGGUUGAUCUCUUGGGGAGAUCAGGGUGUUUGGAGGAAGCUGAAAACUUGAUCGGGACCAUGCCAUAUGAGGUCAAUGGAAUAAUAUUGAGUUCCUUUCUAUUUGCCUGUGGUUAUGCCAAAGAUGUUCCAAGGGCUGAAAAGUUCAAGAAAAAGGCAAUUGAGAUGGAACCGUGGAAUGAUGGGAUCUACAUUAUGUUAAGGAACAUGUAUGCCACUGAUAAGAGGUGGAGUGAUGUUGAAGACAUUAAGGGGCGGAUGAGGAGAGAAGGGGCAAAAAAGGAGGCAGGUUGCAGUACCAUUGAAGUUAAUGGUAUGGUUUGUGAAUUUGUAGCUGGGGAUAAAAUACAUGCACAGUGUGAGGAAAUACAUCUUCUAUUGGAGCAUUUGCUGUUGUACAUGAGAGGUCUGGAUACACCUUAUAGUAAUGAUAUUGGAUUGGCUGAAUUUUGAAUGAUGACUAUCUAGCCAAUACUACGUGUUUCACGGCUUGUAUAUACUGCUGCUUUCCCUCAUAUCUCAGAUGUCAGCCUUGAGGUUAAAGAUACAUGCACGACAAUUGAAAUGGGCACAAAGACCACCAUCUAUAUACGGAGACAUGAUAAUCACCUGAACUUCCCGGGAAAGGAGUUGGUGCGGUUGUAGUGUGUAGAAUUUAUCCUUGUUAAGAGCGUAUUUAUAAGCUAAAGUUGUGAACCUCAGACUGAAGAUCAAGAGAAAAUUAGUACAUGGACGUUUGUUUUUGGAUAGGAAUCUGGAAAUUAAGGAUGCACAAAUAUGGUUCUUUCGGAGUUACUGUUGGCUGAUAAAUGCAGUGUGUCAUGUGGGAGCCCAUCCUGUAGAUUCCUGCUUAAGAUAAAGCUUAAUAAAAGUCGAGAAUUUACACGAAGAGCUCCCACAGACCCACAUGAUGAAAGUUUGAAAUGUUAAAGAGUUGGUCAGGAAUCAGAAUUAUCCCUGCCACAGUAUAUGGUCCAUUUGGGAUUACUACUGUUGCAAGGCAAAACUAGAGCAUCAUGUGGGAGCCCAUUGUUCAGAUCCCUGCUAAAGCUAAAGCUUGACGAAAGUAAGGGAUCAGAUCCUAGCAAACCAAUGGAACAUAGUUGUUGGAUUCUUUGCUUGCACGCGUCACCUAUACAGACAAACAAGCCAUUCUUAUCCUCUUCAUUCGUCUUUCUUUAUAUACACUUGAUUAAAUUUGUUUGUUCCUAUUGACAACGAUGGGUCUGCUUAUGAGCUUAGCGGGAAAAGGAUUGCCAACAACACAGGUUAUUGAUAAGGUGACGGGAAAAUUCCAUGAGUUGUUCCUUAAAAGAGAUAUCGACGAUUUAGAAGGGUUCCAUCUGGCAGUUCUCGACAUGUUUGUGACUGUGAAUUCUGCAUUGCCUGGCAAGCACUUUAUUGUGCCUCCGUUGGACAAUAUUAAGGAAUGUUUUGAGAACUUAAAACUCAUACACGAUGAAGAAGGUAAGAAGGAGGAGGUCCUAAAGUUCUUGAAGGAGAACAUACUACCAAACAAGUCAGAUAAUACAUUGCUCAUCAUUGGGCUGGCAACACCCCCUGCAGCAAUGGCGGCCAAGAAAGCCGGUGAAGGCGUGCCUCAGCUCAAAUUUAUUAAAUCCGUUCCAGACGUUCUGUUUGUGCCUGCUGCUACAUUGUUGACGCUUGCAUCUGUUAAGCUUUCCAGAAGAUUGUUCAUCCAACGCGCAGCAUCUGACGAUCAUCUAAUUGCAAGAAACCAUCAAGGAACAUCGGAUUCGGGAUGAAAAUUUUUCAAUUUGUACAUAAGAAUGUAUGUAUACCCUCAAUAAGGAACAAAUGCAUCCUCUUCAUUAGAUCUUCUGGUAUUCUUACUAGUAAAAUAUACUCAUUAUACAAAUAAGUUGUAAAAUUUAUGAAAGAAAGAGAAUAUCCUCACACGUAGGCGACAAAACUAUGACCACUCAUAUCCUCACACGUAGGCGACAAAAAUAUGACCACUCAAUACUCCCAUAUGUGCACAUGAAGCACAUUCAUAUAUUCAAUGUAGCAUGUUGAAGACAAACAAUUAAUGUUACUUCAGUAGGUUAUUCGUA